ACCUCGACUACCGCAUAUGUCCUUUCACGCUUGGACAAUCCAGUCUAUGCACGAUGUACCCGCUUCAAGCUAUACACAAUUGCACAGAAAGGAAACGUCGACGCGAAGAUGUCGAUAGCCCAGAUGUACCGCCAGCAAAGCGACAUCACCAGCGACAUCUGACGGCCACACCAUCGAAGCGUAAGGCGCGUCUCUCGACGAAGCCAGCCCUCUCGACUCAGAGACGCUAUUCUCUGAGGACUACCGCAGAGCGGGCACGAAGGAAUGUCACACAAAAUCUAGCUCAUAUCCCAGUUACACCGGCUCCCCUUCCCAUUCCAACCCCAGUUCCCGCCCCAAUCCUUCCGACAACCCGCAUCCUCACCAAACGUCCACGCAACGCUGUGGAAGCCGAUAUCUGUGAAGAGCCACCAGCAAAGCGUCACCACCAGCGACAUCUCACAUCCCCACCACCGAAACGUAAGGCCCGUUCAUCGACAAGGGCGACCGCCCCUACCCAGAGCCGUUAUUCGCUCAGAACCACCGCGGAUCGUGUUCGAAGGAAUACUGCAGCAACUUUGGCUCACAACUCGACUGUCGUACCUCCCAUUCCUGCUCCAACCCCAGCUCAGACCCCAAUCGUCUCUCCGCCCCCCGUCCUCGCGAAGCGUCGACGCCUCACUGUCGACGACGAUUUCGACGUCGAUGUCUCCGAAGAACCCCAUGCAAAGCGUUAUCGGCUGGCACCGUCACCUUCGAAGCCCACGAGCGAUUCGUCAACUAAGCCAGCCAUUGCCAUUCAGAGCCGUUACUUUCUUAGGAUGACUGCAGAUCGCAUUCGAAGGAACAUCUCAGCAACCCCUCCUCACAUUCCAGCUGCCUCCCCUCGCAUUCCCGUACAACUCCCCCCCCGCGGAUCAUCGCCCACCCCGGAAUUCGUCACGAUUCCUGCCUCAACUUUUGUCAACGCUCCGGUUCCUCCUUCCGCUCGCACCUCCGAUCGCGUCCAAGCUCGCCGUAUCCCCAUCCAAGUUUCCAAUACCGCCGCAACUCCCCUUCCUUCUCAUCCGUUGGCUAAUAUUCCCACUCGUCCUCCCAUUGACAUCUCGGCUACCAGUGCUACCUCAGGGCACACGCAUGUUCCCUGGGAAGAAGUUCCUGAACGCGAACGAACUCGUCUGUCUGCAAUGUGGGACAAAGUAAUCAUUCGGGCGUUGGGCGGAUACUCCAUGUUCGAACUGGGAGGCCUGAAUACCUAUGCCCGAGCGCUGGGUUUGUCGUCUUGCGAUAAGCCCGAUGAUCUCGUUACGCACGCCGUGCUUGUCAAAUAUCCAGAGCUCGUGGACAUCGUCUGGGAAUUUCGGGAUGACUUUACCAAACUCUAUAAGUAUUGUAACCAUCGUGAGUGCGCAUUCUUCAAUGCCCUCGAUGCACCGAUUGACGCGGCCUUAGCCGAAAUAGAACCUCUGUUCAUGAGCUAUCGCUUGCCUUAUUUCUAUGAUUAUUUCGAUCCUUUCUCAGUCGAUAAUCUUGCUGUGGCCCUGGGGGACAGGUGGGAACCUGUGGCAGACACCUUUGAGGACCGAAAACCUUAUAAGACCGUGGAUCCCGAACCACAGACAUUAACGCUUGUAACAGGUGUUGGCACACACUGGGGUUUCUAUUUCGCAUAUUCACCGAAUAAAACAGCGGAAGAAGUUUGCAAGAGUAAUUUGUCCCAAGACCUCCUCCUUGCCACCCAAGAGCUCGGUGCUACCGUUGACACUGCGAUACUCAGUCCUGAAGCCAUAUCACGUCGUACUGCUGCAGCGGAGUGCUGCUUCUACACCCUCUAUCUCACCCGCAUCAUCGUACUUUCCAGAUUUUUGGAAUUUCUUCCCAAAGACCUACCGGAUGGCUAUCACCAUGCAUGCUGGGCUGUCUUUCAACGGAACCCACCUCGGACAUCGGAGGGUGAUGAUGUUUUCUCCGUGGUCUACCGACAUGUCGCGAGGGCUCGAGGUUCCAUUGCAGAGCUAAAGCGGACGGCUGAAACCCGUUUCGAAACUUUGGUUGAGAGGAACAAGUGUCUGUUCUUGGAGCUACAUGAAUAUGGCUGCUAUCCCCCGAGAUUUCCAUUCUACCUUGCAGUCGACGAAGUCGAAGCCCCCAUUUCCCCCCAUUUGUUGAGCGGUCGUCGUCCGGCCUGUUCACGGUUUGGUGUCAGUACCUUGUUUUAUGGAUUUGAUACUCCGUGAGGCCUUUCUCAUAUUUUUUGUCGCUUUACACAGCCUCGAGUUUGACUUUAUCGGAUGUAGCUGGCCUCUACGUCUCCCGAACCCGGCCUCGGUAGUCGAUACCGCAAGAGCCGCUUGCAGCCCUGAGACACAACCGCCGUCCGUAGUCCUCUCAUGCUUCGCCUUGUUGCCUACCUCCCGGGCGACGAUCCCGCACUGCAUCCUGCGCGCACCACUUUAGG